AUGUACAAUCGUAGCAGGAUUUUUCGUUUUCUUGUUAGGCAUCCCAUCUAUAAACACGAGGAUACAUCUCCUAGCCCCAUUCUUAACGCUUUCAACGUUGUUAAAGCGGCAGUUUUAAAGAGACAUCUCGAUUACCCAGUUUCUCCUUAUCAGUUGUUCAGGAAUUACAGUACAAGUGCUACAGAAAUUCUUCCUCAUAUUGCAUUCCUCAGAUGGUUAGACAAAGCCGCCAUUGUGGAACCAUCGCCUCCUUAUCCAGUAUCAACAGAGCAAGCUGAAACUGCCGGCAGGCUGUUUGAGGUAGAAAAAGUUAAGGAUGUGAAAAGCUUGAUAAGAGCUACAACAAACGCCUUCUUUUACGAACAAGCUAACUACAUGGAUGACCGUCUUGGGAAGAUAUCCCAUGUCCCAAUAGUAGUUUUUGCUACUAUCAAGACUUCCACAAGUUCUAUUAUAUCAAUAAUAUGUGAAUUGUUGAAGAGUAAAGGAAGUGCACGACGACGGCCUCCACUGUGCAGAAUUAUUCUUGGAAUGUUAUUUUCUAAAUUAUGUUGUCUUACUGCUUGGAGGGUCGAAGUUCACAGGCUUCAUCAUUUGAAGGUACAGAGGGUCGAAGACGGGGCUGAGGUAUACAUUAACCUAAUUAGUGUUUUUUGGCUAACACCUCAGUUCUUCUUGGUUGGCGUUAUGGAUGGACUUUCAUCAAGUGGGCUCCAAGAUUUCUUUGAAACUCAAGUUUGUAAGUCAAUGAAAGGGUAUGCUCUAGAAUUCAGCGAAUUUGCCACUAGCAUUGGGAAAUUUGUUAGUGUGAUCUGCAUCAUCAUUUUCAAUUCUUGGUUUAAGGAAGACAUAAACGCAAGCCGUUUGGACAAGUACUAUGCUAUUUUAAUGGUUCCUACCUUCCUUAAUUAUUGCAUCUGUGGGUAUGUGAGCAACUGGUACGACAAUCAGCAGCUCCAUGACAUGGACAAUGCUCAAAAAUUAGAAGUUACAUAA